AGUCAACGUAACUUUUUUACUGAUAAUAAUCAUUGCUACGUGAAUGAGUUGAAUUUAAAAGUCCUAAUUGACCAUAAACAAUAAAAUGGCGUCCGGUUUUUUGUGUGUGCGAUAAAAUUAUUGUUUUCAUCAAAUCGUAAGAUUUAACUGAGUUAGGGCUAAAAACUCAUAUUCAUUAGUAUUAAAAUACAAUAAUGUAUAGUUAUAAUGCGUCUAAUAAACUAAAUCACGUGUCAUUGGUUAAAAAUAAUGUGCGUGUCAAUCUUGCUCGUAGCGUCGUUGUCCUAUGCCGCCUUUUAUAUUGAGUUGAUUAGACUAAUUUACGAAGAUUUCUUCGUGUAGAUUGAUCUUCGUAAGUGAAAAAUAACGUCGACAACAAUGAAUUUACAUAGAUAGUAGUGAUUUUGUCGGCAUUGUGAUCGAUGAGUGCGUCGUGCGUUUGUAGUUGUGAAAGCGUACAUACAUGUUCGCAAUGAUAAAACUGUCAUGAGGACUCUUGUUUACUAUCAAAUAGUGAAUUUGUGUUAGUGGAUUUAUUUUUCUAUGUGAUAAAUUAUAUUUGUUGUUUAAAAUGUGUAUGCCAACCCCUAAUAAUGUUUCGGGCUUCGGUUACUCGUGGGGCUUCACGAGUUCGGCGGACCUCACGAAAGGCGAAGUGGAAACUCCGAGUAGUUUGAGUUAUACCUUGGGGAAUACGGUGUCACCAGAAACAACCCUGACUGUUAUGUCCCACAAAACACCGCAAGUACAAGAGAAAGUUGGUGCGGUAACAGUAGCGGUAUCAAAUUCAGGGGCUCAGUUAACAAGGGUGGUCACGGGCACACCGGUUUCAGGGAGAAGAGCUAUGUUUGUUGUCAAUGAAGGCCCCACACAUACAUUAAACAGAGUUACACAACAGAAUCAAACUACUACUAUACAUACGAAUUUAGCAGCUAAGCCGUUUAUGACACCAAUAGGUCCUAUCCAGUUAACUGCUGAAGAAUGCAACGAGAUAUUGAUGAAGAGGGCGUUACAAGCGCAAGGGAUCGCGACCCCCGUGAUAGACGCGUCGCAACUCAACCACACAUUACUGAAUGGUGGUCUGAAGAGCCUUGCAGAGGCCACCACACAGCAGACGCAAGCUGAGACCAUACAGACAGCCACGGUACAUCAACAUCACUUGUUACAUACGAAACAGGAGCCUGGAACUGCUAAUAACUCGCCAAAAGCGGUGUAUUCUCAGACGGAGCUCAUGAAUACGAACACGGUGAUGACUACAGCGCCCCCUGCCGCCGUCAAAGAGCGCCCCUACGGGUGUGAAGAGUGCGGAAAGUCGUUCUUACUCAAACAUCAUCUUACUACACACGCGAGAGUACAUACUGGUGAGCGGCCACACGUGUGCGCGCACUGCGGCAAGGCGUUCGCGAGAAAACACUGUCUCAACACGCACUUGCUGUUACAUUCCGCGGAGAGGCCUUACAGAUGUCACGAGUGUAAGAUGGCGUUCACGUUGAAACAUCAUCUGGUUACGCAUUCCAGGGUGCAUAGUCGAGACCGUCCUUUUGUAUGCAACGAGUGUGGGCGUGGUUUUCCAUUGAAGCGCCAUCUAGUGACGCACAGCAAGUACCACGCCGGCGAGCGACCAUACGUGUGUAGUGAUUGUGGAGAAAGUUUCGCCCAGAAGGAGCACCUGGUGAUGCACAGCCGCUUCCACGGGUCUCUGUGCCCGUACGUGUGCCCGGACUGCGGCGUGACGUUCGCGCGCAAGUUCCAGCUCGUCAACCACGGCCGCGUGCAUGGCCGCGUGCCGCACGCCUGCCCCGUCUGCGGGAAGGAGUUCCUGCAGAAGCGGACGCUCAUCGCGCACAUGAAAAUACACACAGGAGAGGGUGCAGUAGCGUGUUUAGAAUGCGGCGAAGCCUUCAAAUGUAAAACGGAAUUACAGCAACAUUGUAAAAUGACGCGGCACUGUCUCAGCACGACUGCACAGCAACAACAGCAGCAGCAACAGCAACAACAACAGCAACAACAACAGCAACAACAGCAGCAGCAACAACAGCAACAGCAAGCACAGCAGCAGCAGCAACAACAACAAGCAACUGUGAUAAAACAAGACGACUUCAAACCACAAAUUGUUCAGGUUAUCGGCGCAGAUGGUCAAAUAGUAACGGAAAAAACUACGCCAGGCUAUGCGUGUCCUGAGUGUGGAUCAUGUUUCAACACAAAGGAGGCGCUGUCGCUGCACGUGCGGCUGCACGCGGGGGACCGCACGUGCGUCACGGACCUGUGCGCGCUCACGGCCGCGCUGCAGCCCGGCCUCGUGGCCGCGCCGCACAGUUUCAUUGUUCCAGAUCAACCAAUACAGAUAAUUUCUUCGAACCCCAACAAUGUUGUACAUACGCAAGUAAUAGCAGCGAAUCAUCAUGUAACCUCUCCUCGGCCAAAAAUUCAUUUUUGUGGAGACUGCGGGAAAGGAUUCGCGGCUAAACACGGUCUAUUAGCACAUCAAAGAAGACAUCCUGACGGCAGCUGUACAUUAAGAACGCACGUGUGUGAUCAGUGUGGCAAGGCAUUCUUCCAGAAGAACCAUUUGAUGCUUCAUCAGAGACAACACAUGGACUUACCGCCUAGAAAUACACAACCUGUGACACAACAAACACAGCAACAGGUUACGCAACAGGCCGUGCAGCAAGCGCAGCAAGUACAACAACAGGUGCAACAACAAGUCCAGCAACAGCAACAACAGCAGCAGCAACAGCAACAACAACAGCAACAACACCAGCAGCAAGUGCAACAUCAAAACAGUUUAGAGUUAGACCAGCAAGACCAUCAGGCGACGCAUAUACAAGUUGUAACGAACAGGUCGGGGCAGGUGAUCGGCAACCAGAUCGUGGUGGGGUCAGUGGGCGGCGCGCGGCGGCUGGUGGCCCCGCAGCUGCACAUCGUGGGCCGCGACAUCAAGCCCGCGCUCGCGCAGCUGGCGCACAAGCAUCACGCCAGGCAACAUACUACUAGUGGUGACGCAAAAGAAGUCGGCGGUUUGGUCCUAUCGGCGGGCCGCACGGGCCUCAUAAAGUACGAGAUCUCUCUCCCGCCGCCGACGUCAGUGGUCCAAGUUCAGCAGCUCGAUUGAGUGAAACGUGACCCAGACGAGCCUAUGGUCGUCUGGCUCAAGAAGUGAAGUGUCGGACUCUAGCGAGCGUUGGGUAUGCUUGUAGAUAUAGUGACGUGCUAAAUUGUGACUGUUGAUGAAAUAAUGUUCCGCUUUUCUUUUAAAAAUGUAGAUACAGUCUAAAAGUUAUCGUGGACUAUUUUCCACAGCCAUUGUUUUUAAUCAGAAUUUUAAAUAUUUUACACAAUAAGUGUUGCCUUUCAGAAACAAGAAUCUAGUCCCAGUUGACAUUGUCGUUGGUAUAGAUGUGACUGGUUGGUCUGUCAUAAGUACAAUUUACACAAAAAUGGGUUUUAAAAAACUUUUUCAAAAUUGACAAAAAAUUCGUGUUCACAUUAUGAACUACAAGCAUAUCCAAUACACAAUAAACCAUAGGUACAUUGUAUAAAGUUGUAAACAGUGCGAGCGACCGCGAGUGUAUAUGUGUACAGUUACGAAGUGAAGUGUUGGUUGAAUUAAUGUCAUUUUGGUUACGAGUAUCUUGGUACAGGUGGGUGCAUUGUUACGUGUGGAUAAUGAGUAUGUAAUGGUCCAACUUUUGUCGUAGAAAAACCGCUAAAGAUGUUGGUUGGUGUGAAUACUCUCUUUUAAAAGUACAAGUAAGGGUUAUGAUUGAUCUCGCACUACUUUGCGUGUUUAUCCUUUACUAUUAGCAUAGAAUCAUGUCGGGCUUUAGAUUAGUAAAGCUGUUUAGGCAUCAUCUCAUAAGCAAUAUACUGCACUGCCUAAUAAAACCUUAAGACAAUGUGUUCUAGUGGCCCAUUAACCAUAAUUAUUGUUGCUUUGAAUAUCAUCUAUAAUAGAGAACAUAUCACACCUUACAUCCACAAGUAACAAUCCCAUUUGUAACCAUGAAAACUAAAAUGUAAGCCUAAAUUAUAAAAAAUAUAAUGCCAAUAGAUUGGAAAGCUUUAUUUAACGUUUAGACGUCUGCCUUACAAUAGAGCCUUAAUUUUAUCGUUCUUUAUUCUAGAGGUAUAAAGAAUACGGGAUCUACUUAAUUUGAUGGCAAUAAUUAUUAAAAAAAAACUGAUUGACUCAUUUGUGUAUAAUAUAGUAAAUGUUCUAAAAUUUAGGACAUGAUAUGGAGUGUAAAAAGACAGGUUAGCGACCAUGUUUUUGUGUAAUAUAGUCUAGAUUUAAGGGCAACUUAGUAUAAUUAGUAAUCUCUUGUACAUAUCAAUACGUUUUUACGGCACUGAGCGGUGGAUUUUGUAAUAAAAUGUACAAUUUCUAUGUAGGUUUCAGCAUUUAAGUUUUGGUUAGGGUUGGCCCAUAUCUAUCAAUCAUGUUACUUGUCAGCAUUUCUAAAUCUUAUGUUGUAUACAACAUCAGGUAUAUGAGUACCAACUACAGCUAAAUGGUUUGUUUAUUUUGAUAUCCAUUCCAUUAGGCCUUAGUUGAUUACGAAGAACAACGCACAUUUAGUUAAGGAUUAGCAAAAUAUUGGUAAAGGUUAUAUUAAACUCCCCAUUAGUCACACAUCACAAUUUUCAAAACACCAAUCAUCAUUGAUGAAAUGGCUUGUGAUAUCAUUGAUACAUAUAUUUCGACCGAUAUUAUUAUUUAGGCGUCAUGUCCAAUAAGCUUUUUUUAAGUACAUAUAAAUAAUCUGUUUAUUUUUUCCUUUUUUUUUAACUUACUGGCAGGAUGGGAGGUGUGUAAUGUGCAAUCAAAAUUCAAGAUUAGAUGAUUUAUAGAUCUGAGUUUAUAUUUUAUACAUGUAUCAAGCAGCUAAAUGUUUUGGGGUUUACCCAACUGCAAUUGGCUUCUUAUCAAUAAAUAGCAAACGAAUUUUUAAAUGUAGCUUGGCUAAAAUGUUUUGUAAGUGUUACAAACUGACUUACAUUGCUUAUUAGUUUGUGUUCGUCAAGUUAAAUUUAAUGUUCAAACGAAAAUAUUCAGUGUGCAGUGCUGUUUAAGGUUCCAAUUUAUCUGUAUGUUUGUCACAUAUGUUUAUAAAUUAGUUAACUUCUGCAAAUACUCGUGAGAAGUUAUGCUAUUAGACACUUGUAGUUAUAAUUGGUCUGGUCAUAGUACUCAUAGUUAUAACUGAAUAUGUCCUAGCUUCUAAUUAGUGUAUUCUAGACCUCGCAAGUUAGUUAUACGCGUCAACAGAUAUCUAAGCAAUAAUAGUGACUUAUAGUACUUUAGUAAAUUCUAUGUUCUGAUGAAUAUACAUUGUAACACAUUAGGCAGUAGGAUUCAUAGAACAGAGAAAAGGCUAUGACGUUAACUUUAGAUAUGGAAGAUCUCUUAGGCAAUUCGUGUACAAGGCAAUGAAAGCCGUAAUACUGAAAAGUUUAUACUCCAAGUGAGUAGUAAGACUUUGGUGACUACAGUUGUGAGGUAUCGGCUCGGUUACUGGCUCAGAUAUAGGAUAUUUUUUGAUGAUAGGAACAAUAGGAACUACCUAAGUAUCAGACCAUAUAUAUGCAGAUUUAUAUCUAUAUAAAAGUAGGUUUCAUUUAGCACAAGGUACCAAAUCAGCUUAUGUCCUCAAGCAGAACUUUUCACGAAUAUUCAUUUGUGCAUGUGAGUAAAAUUUGAGUGUUUGAUAAAAGUAGAGAUAUGUCUUCCAACUCUUGGAACUUUGAUCAGCACUGCAACAUGUCAUAAUUGUUGUUUCUGCUAAAUACAAAAUAUUAAUGACUGUCUCUUUUAUAUUGUAAACACAAUUAUUUUUGUGUAUUUUGUAUAACAUUAAAUAUUACGUAUAAAGCAGAACGAAACUAUACUUCCUAAAAUAAAAAGUCAAAGUCUAUUAUUUUUGGUGUCUAAAUUGAGUAUCUAGUCUGUGAUAGGGAGAUUGUCGAUUUCUGUCCGUAAAAUGUCAUGUAUACAUACGGUGUAACGUUCAAGUUUGUCAAAUAAUAAAAAUAUGAUUAGAAAACGUUGAGUUCACAGAUAUUUAUACUGUUAUUAAAAUAAAAUUGUUACUGUAUUAUUCCACACUUGGGGAAAGGCUUCCUUUUUAUAGUAUUACAUGAUUUUAUAACUUUAAAUACUCUAUUAUUGAGCUGAAACAAAAUGUAGUCAUAGCUUUAGGUUGGAGACUGAUAAAAACGAAUUAAUAAAAUUUGGGAUAAUCGAAAUUGCAUUUUUAAUACAACAAAACAGAAUUUGGAAGCAAAGUCGACCGUAACAGGAAAAAAAUUCAAUUGAUUUUUUAAUUAUACUAAAAUCACUCCGAUCUUCCAUUAUUGUAGUUUUCAAACCUAUGCGAAUACAAAACAAUUACUGCAAUCUAUCAUAAGACUUCAAAACUCAAAAUAUAACUGUUUUUACUACAAAGUAUAUUUGAUGAACGAAUUACUGCAAACACGACAUAUUACGGACAGAAUGUUGGUGCGAAGUCUGUUUAAAAUUUCAUGUACAGUAUUAUUGUAUAGAGAAAUGUAUUACAUGAAAUACACAGAGAAACACUUCCACACUUUUAUGUAUUUUUCUUUGUUAAUAUUUUAAAUCUUGACAAGUUGUUUGCCAUUAACUUACAUGUAAAUAUUAUAGUGGAUAUCUAUAAUUUUUAUAUUAAAUGAUAAUAUACAUACCGUAAUAA